GCCUUUGGCCAAUCCAAUCCACACACUUACACUUGCACACAGAUGCACUCACACACCUAUACCUCAUGUAGUGCAGUUGACCCUUCAACACACCCUCCCGCCCUUCAUUCACUUGAGCAAAGACAGCCACCCGGCCCCUACAAGUGCAUUCAUGUCCCAGUCCCAGCCAGCCCAGCCGACACCCACCCGAAUUAUGCGUUUGCCGCCUCUUCGGUCGAUGUGGCAAUGUCCUCCAGAAACACCAGCAGCUGCACGGUCACAUGCCAUGACACACCCACAUACACUCACACCCAUAAACACCCACACGACAUGCUUGCCUGGAAAAGUUCGAGCAGCGACUUUGCCUUUUGUGGCCCGAUGACCUCCUUGAGCUGCACCAUCAGGUCACCCCCCCCGCCCCCACUGCCGUCAGCUUCACCACCAGCGUUGGAUGACCUGACGAUGCCGUAUGCCUUGUCGUACUCGGCUGCCGUCAACAUGCUCUGCAGAUACUGACGCAGCGACUGACGGACCAGAGACAAACGCAACGCGCCCCCACAACAAUACACACAAACACGCCGAUGCGGUGCCUCUCUCUCUCUCCCUCUCUCUCUCUCUCCCCGUGUCUGUGCGUCUGUCUCUUUUCACCUCACCUCCGCCUUGGCAUUGUGUUGUUGGCUGACACUCAUGCCGGACAUCUGCCGUGCGGUGGGCAGUUUGACGUCCGCCAUGUGCGCCGCAGAGGGCUUGCGUGCGCCGCCGUCCCCGCCCUCGUCCUCACUCUCCAUGUCCGGCUCGGGGUCACCCGGCUCCUACACAAUGUCACACACAUCUUUCGCUUCCCCUUUCUUUGUGGAGUUACCGAGUUGGUUCGCGUGGUUGAUCGGCUCUGCUUGCGGCUGCGAGAUGACGACGAGCUCGGCUGGGGCGGCUGCAACACCUGUGGCCACACAAAGACACCAACCAUCCCCCAUGCCGCCCACACAUAUACCCUCUUUGUGUACUUGUGGCUGUGCAGGGGGCGCAGGAACUGGUGCUGGUGCCGGCUGUGGCUGAGAGGGUGCUUGGGGGGCAGCGGAGGAUGCCGCCGCUGCCUCUGCUGAUGGUGUGGAGAUGGACUUGCGCUGCUGGGGGUGGUAGUCGACAGGUGUGGGGGAGAGCUCCUUGUCCAGGUCCAGAUGCUCGAUGCGCGCAACCUGCUCCAGAUACGGACGGAGAAAUGCCUGACGCAGCACCUGUGGCCACACACACAUGGCGACAGAGACACAUGCAGAGGGAGACAUACAUGCCUCUCUUGCUGACGGCUCACUUCUAGUGCGCUUGGUCGUUUCUCUGGGUCUCUGUUGAGCAUGGCCUUGAUCAGACUCACCAAAUCAGAACUGCACAGAUGACCAGACACACACGCGUAACCAGAGAGAGGGUGCACUGUGUGUCUCCCUCUCUCUGCUUGUGUGUCUCGAAGUGCAUCACCUGUAUUUGGGGUCAGGUGGUGGGAAGGUGCCCUUGAGUAUUUUGAUGGCGAGGAAGUGCAGCGACUCGGCGUCGAACGGGUGGCGGAGGGUGGUCAUCUCGUACAGCACCACGCCCAACGACCAGAUGUCACUGGGUAAUAUGUAUAGCCACAGACACAGAUCCAUAUCUCUCUGUGUCUGUUUGGGGUCCACCUCUUGAAGUUGUAUGGCCGCUCUUCAAUGAUUUCGGGCGACAAAUAGUACCUGGCAAAGGUUAAAACGGCCCCUCCCUCCCUCCCUCCCUGCACUUCCUCUCCUCGUCUCUGUCUGUGUGUGGACGACUUACGGCGUGCCAACCAUGGUCCUGGCGAAGUCCUUGGUGGCCUCAAGCAUCCGUGCGAUGCCGAAGUCUCCCAGCUUGACCACACCAGAGGACGUCAGGAAGAUGUUCUGGCUCUUCAAAUCACGAUGCAACACCUGAUUGAUUCAGACAGACAGAGGGUAUAUAUCUCUCUCUUUCUCUCUCUCUCUCUCUCUCUCUCUCCGCAUGCACGUGUGUGGCGUGUCUCUCCUGCCUCCUCUCUCUGUGGUGCAUGGGUCUGUGACUGCACGAGGUACCUUUCUGUCGUGGACGUGUUUGAGGGCGAGAGCGGUCUGCACGAACCAGUUGAGUAUCUGGCUCUCAGGGAUGAGCGCCCCCUCCCUCUUCUUGAUCAGCAGGUGGAUGUCCCCGCCAUCCGCAUAGUCCAUCACAAUGCACAGCCGACCUCGACGCGUCAUGAACACUUCAUGGAACUGAAGACAGACACACACACACGCGAAGGGGUUCGGCAGGUGGUUGUGCAUGACGCCUUCUUUCUCCCUGUCCCUAUCCCUUUCCCUCUGCCUCUCUCUUGCCUUGACAAUGUUUGGAUGGUUCAUCUUCUUGAGCACGUGUGCCUCCUUGAUGGCCUCCUGCCUCUCCUGCUCGCUCAUCAUAGUGGUCUCCAUCUGCUUGAUCACGCACAGCUGACCGCUCUCAGUCUUCUGCACCAGAUACGCCUUGCCGAACGACCCCUUGCCCAACACCUUCAGCCGCCGAUACUUCUCGGGGUGCUUGCCGGUGCUGGUGGCGCUGGUGCUGUCCUUAGUGCUGCCGGUGACCUGCUUGUCGUCCUUCUCCUCCAUCCUUGAGCUUUCAAACGGGGCGUGGUUCCCAGAGGAGGAACAAAAGGGUCUUCCUGAUACGUCGUGAGG